UCUUUAAAUGGCUAUCUACCACCACAAUUUGGGAGUAUGAAGGUUGCAACACUCAUAGAUUUUUCCAUGAAUCAAUUUACAAGAAAAAUCCCAAGUACAAUUACAGGUUUGCAAAACUUGGUUAAGCUUUCAUUGGCGCACAAUAAAUUACAAGGACCUAUACCUGACUCAUUUGGCAGCAUGGUGAGCUUGGAAUUCUUAGAUCUAUCCUAUAAUGACCUCUCUGAUGUAAUCCCCAAGUCCUUAGAGACAUUGUCUCAUCUUUCAUAUUUCAACGUUUCUUUCAAUAGGUUAAGCGGACAAAUUCCAAAUGGGGGACCUUUUGCAAACUUUACAAUCCAAUCUUUCAUGUCGAAUGAAGCAUUAUGCAGUGCACCAAAGUUUCAAGUCCCAACAUGCCAUACUAGUUCCCUUCAUCAUUUGACCAGAAGAUUGACUCUAGCUUUAUAUAUUUGUUUACCUAUUGCAUUCAUAAUACUUGCUACGACCUUUGUGCUCUUGUUCAUAAAAUGUCGAAGAGGAAAUAAAACUCCAACCAAUGUUGAUCUCUUACCAACAAUAACACCUCCAAGAAUCACAUACCAGCAGCUUUUCCGAGCAACUAACGGGUUUAGUGAGAGCAACUUACUUGGAACGGGAAGUUUUGGUUUAGUCUACAAAGCUAUCCUUGAAGAUGCCACAAUUGUGGCCGUAAAGGUAUUCAACUUGCAAGCAGAAAGUGCAUUCAAGAGUUUUGACAUAGAAUGUGAGACAAUGCGAUGAAUUCGUCAUUGCAAUCUUACUAAGGUCAUUAGCAACUGCUCAAACCUUGAUUUCAAAGCUGUAAUAGUUGAGUAUAUGCCUAAUGGGAGUCUUGAAAAGUGGUUGUAUUCUUACAACUAUUUCUUAGAUAUGUUGCAGAGAUUAGACAUAAUGAUAGAUGUUGCCUGUGCGUUCGAGUAUCUUCACCAUGAUUAUUCAAUGCCUUUGGUUCACUGCGAUUUGAAACCCAGCAACAUCCUACUAGAUGAUGACAUGGUUGCGCACGUGAGCGAUUUUGGCAUUGCAAAGUUUUUAGAUCUGGGGGAGAUUGUCACACAUACAAAGAUCAUAGCAACAUUUGGCUAUAUUGCACCAGGUGACUUCCAUUUUUUAAUUUAUAUUUUUGCAUUUUUUUUUUCUAUAUAUGUUUCCAAUUUAUACACACAAACAUGCACUUUUCAUAUUAUAACACAAAAACUUUUAAAUAUAAUUCCCAUAGAAAUGUUUAUGAUUUUGUUGAUAACAGGUUGAUUCUUUAAAGGGUAAACCACACUGAUCUCCAUUGAAUAAUAAGAAAAAUAAAUUUUGCAGUUUUAACAUAAUUAUAU